GGACAUUUCUACCCAUUCUCGACCACAUUCCUUCUUCCACAUCGCUCACACACAUCAUGUCUCCCAGCAAGGUGUCGUCCCUCCAGUGGGACUCGUUCAGCAAUGUCAUCAACGGCCAGCUGCGAGACUCCAAGGACCACCACUACGGUACCAACCCAUCCACCGGCGAGAAGCUAUGGGCCGUCCCAAUCGCCGGCCAGAAGGAAGUCGAUGAGGCCGUCGAGGUCGCACAGAAGGCUUUUGAGUCGUUCCGCGAGACCACACUGGAGCACCGCAAGGAGCUCCUCGCCAAGUGGAAGGAUGCUCUCCUCGCAGUGUCAGACGAGAUGACCGAGCUGCUCUGCGCUGAGACUGGCAAGCCGAAAGGCGUUGCCGAACUGGAGACCACGGGAGGUGUUUCCGGCUGGAUCGACUGGCACAACUCCCUCGAGAUUCCAGAGGAGAAGAUGGACGACGGCGAGAAGGUCAUCACCACCCGCUACACUCCACUCGGUGUCAUUGGUGCCAUCUGCCCAUGGAACUUCCCCAUCCUCCUCGCCAUUGGCAAGAUCAUCCCUGCUGUCUUGACCGGCAACACCAUUAUCGUCAAGCCCUCUCCAUUCACGCCAUACACCACCCUCAAGGUGGUCGAGAUCGCACAGGACAUCUUCCCCCCUGGUGUGAUUCAGGCCGUCGGCGGAGAUGACUACCUCGGACCAAUGCUCACCGCUCACCCCGGCAUCGCCAAGAUCUCCUUCACCGGCUCCAUCGCCACCGGCAAGAAGAUCAUGGCUGCCUGCGCCCAGACCCUCAAGCGUGUCACACUUGAGCUUGGUGGAAACGAUGCCUCGAUCGUCCUUCCCGAUGUCGAUAUCAAGAAGGUCGCUCCCGAGCUCGUCCUCGGUGCAUUCCAGAACACUGGCCAGGUCUGUGUCGCCACAAAGCGUAUCUUUAUCCACCAGGACAUCUACGACGAGAUGCUCGCUGCCAUGGUCGAGUUCACCAAGUCUUUGACUGUCGGCGACCCAAAGACCGGCUCUCACCUCGGACCAAUUCAGAACCAGAUGCAGUACGAGAAGGUCAAGACCUACUUCCAGGACAGCAAGGACAAGGGCUACAAAUUCGCAGUCGGCGCCCCAGACGUCGAGUCUGGCAAGGGCUUCUUCGUCCAGCCCACCAUCAUCGACAACCCGCCCACCGACUCCCGCAUCAUCCAAGAAGAGCCUUUCGGCCCCAUCGUGCCCACCCAGCCCUGGUCUGACGAAGAGGAGGUCAUCAAGCGCGCGAACAACUCCAACGCCGGCCUCGGAGCCUGCGUGUGGGGUAAGGAUAUCGAGCGUGCCGAGCGCAUCGGAAAGCGUCUGGAGUCGGGCUCCGUCUUCAUCAACUCGUUUGAAAAGCCCACUCCUCAGGCUUUCUUCGGUGGUCACAAGGAGUCUGGUAUCGGUGGCGAGUGGGGCAAGGACGGCCUCAAGGCUUACUGCAACGCUCACGUUAUGCACUCGUACAAGGCUUAG